AAUCUAUCCUCAUAACAUACAAAAAAAAGAUGGCGGUCAACUUGAAAGUUUAUUUAACUCCAUUUCCUUUCCUUUUACUGACUUAUUAUCUGCUAUUUUCUGGAAGAAAAGCGACUAGAAGGAACGAUACACACAAAGGGAGACAAAGUGGCUCUGAUAGUAACAAAAGGAAGUCAGAAUGUGAGUCUAAUUUCCACGUUGUUGACGGAAACUGCGUUCGUUGCCCGCGCGGUCAAUUUAGUUUUCACGGUUGGAUUACCUGUUUACAGUGGUUAGAUUGUACCAACAUUGCUCUUGAUGUUAGAACACGGCGUCGAAUUGGAAUUCCUGGUCAUCUAAAUGCCGUAAAAGAAGUUUACCUGGCAGACUGGCAUGGGUAUGAUGUGGUAUAUAGUAAAUGCGCUAGUCACUUGUAUUACGAAGAUUGUCUACAUGGAAUGCAUAUGGUGGAAGGUCUUCAAGGAAGCGAAUUUGUUGUUCAACUCAUUGGCAUAUGCUACAGUGACAGCCUAGAGAUAAUAACAGGCUAUUACAAGCAUGGUUCUGCGGACAAACUUGAUGAACUCCUCGAUAGACCAGAACUUAGUGAAUUCAACACCUUGGAAACAAGAUUUCAGCUGUGUAUAGACUAUGUAAAAAUCCUUCAGUUUCUUCAUAAUAGCCCUCUUGGUAUACGAGUCAUGUGUGACUCAAAUGACAUAGUAAAGACUCUCUCACAGUAUCUUAUCACUGAUGACUUUCACCUUGUCGUCAAUGAUCUUGACGCUUUACCAGAAGUCAAACUCAAUGAAGGUGAACUGAUCAAGUGUGGACGCAGAGAAUUGUUUGGGGAUUUUGUAGCUCCUGAACAACUCUGGCCUUACGGAGAUUCACACGCAUUUAAUGAGGAAGAAAUGCCUGCUUACGACGAGAUGAUUGACAUCUGGAGAAUACCAAAUGUUGUAGACAAACUGCUUGGCCGAGUUCAUAAUAGCAAUUAUGUAAGGCGACUUCUGCUGGGGAUUCAUGAGUCAUGUAAACAGGAAAAUCCUGAAGUGAGACCAACAGCGACUGAGGUUCUUGAAGUAUUUUUAAAUGUUCAAAAAAUUAUUAGGGCUGGAAUUAGGAAAGAUUUGUAAACUUAAAGUAAGUUUUUAGCUGGUUUUAAAAAUUUCUUGUGACUUUUUUUUAAGGUUGUAUCUUCAGUUUAUUUUGAUUGUGAAGAAGAGGAACCAGGCGCUCUUCGAAAGGUUACGCCUUGUAUUUAGUACUUUAGUGUGUAUUCAGUUGUUUCUUUUUCCCCAGAAUAAUUUAUGCUUGGAAAAAGUAGUUUGGAUAACUAAGUGAACAUCGAGUUCGUCUCUUCUUCAGCUGUAGUUUACCUUAACCAAUUUGUGUUGCAGUUUUUUUUGUUAUAAUUGGGACAAAUUUAUAUUCUAAACAUUUUGUAUCACAUUUAAUGCGAUACUCAAUUAAGAUUGUAGGAUUUUCAUCAAAAUAAAGAAGAAAUAGGUAGGUGAAUAAAUAUGUAACGGGAGAGAGGGAGGGAAAGAGGGAAGGAAACAUCCGAGGAAUGACGCGACUUCCGAAGUACUGAUUAAACAAUAAAGUAUCAGAAA